GGAGCGAUGGCGGGCAACAGCCGAACAAACCAAAGUGGAGUCGGUGCAGAGAUCCCUUGAGGAGGAACGCAGAAUCAUGAAUCAGCACUUCACCAUAGAGAGGGAGGAGCUGGAGAGGGCAAAGAGUGCGUUGCUGGAAGAGCAACAGUCAGUGAUGCAGCGCUGUGCAGAGGAACGUCGAAGACUGGCAGGCGAGUGGGCGGAGCUUCAUACACAGCAGAAACUGAACAGUGAACGUAUAGAGCAAGGUGCCAAUCGUACUCUCCAGCUCAAUGCACAACAGGAAGGAACAGUCUUCACUCUGGCAAAAGAACAAGCCGAGCUGAAGGUAAAAGCUGCUGAACUGAAAUCAAAAGGGGAACAGUUAGCUCAGGAGCGAGAGAUUCUAAACCAAGAACGCCAUGAACUGCAAUUGGAAAAGGACAGAGUCAAUGCCAUGGCAAUCCGCAUCAAGCAGAGGGCCGAGGAGGUUGAGGGCAUGAGUAAGCUUGCCUCUCAGAAAUAUGAGGAAGGUGAACAAAGACUCUUGGAGGCAAAAAGGGUGGAGUCUGAGCAUCAGGCACGACUGCAUGCCAUCCAGAAGAAAAUGGAGAGACUGCAGCAGCAGGAGCAGCAGCUGUACCAGUUGAGUGGAAUUGAUUGGUCCAGGAGAUGUUCUCUGAAGUACUCUGCAAGAAGGUGUCCAGUCUCCCCAAUGUAG